GCCCCUCCUAAAUAUGUUGCUUUCAAUCCAACGCAAGCUAGUGCUUUAAUAAAAAUGCUCCCUGACCCAGAAAAGCAACCUAUGCCUUUUUACCGAGGGAUAGUUCAGAUUCAAAAUACUUAUUCUGCAGCAUGGCGUGAUUUACUAAGCAUUUGUGCAAUCAAGGCCGGGGAUGCAUAUUGGCCCAGCAUGUCCCGACACCUCAAUGCCGAUUUACUGACAAGUGACACUGAUUACCCCUCCGGAGUAACUUUUUGCAGCCAGGUAAAGGAGUGGGCAAAAGACAAACUUGCAGAUCAGGCUGCCGGCAUUACUGAUGUUAUACAAGAGAAAGGAGAAUCA